GUGCGUGACUAUAAAACCUAUAACUUAAUUUUAAUAAAACUUUUUCUCCAUUGCUUCUGCCCCCCUGCUCUCCUCAGUUCAGUCGUCUCCAUGUAACCUCCGUGUAUGUUCCUGCGGUUUGGUAUUACUUCCAAUCAAGCACAACUUCAGAAGAAUCAGAACCUUCGCAUUUGCUGAAUCAAUGCAAACCGUUUCUUGCGGCAGCCCCCUCUCGAUGGAAAUAGAAGGACAUGAAGGAGAUGAAAACCAUCCCCUUCCCGUACCGAGAGAGGCUCCCGAGAUCCAUCGCCUCGACGCCUCCGUAAUCAACCGUAUCGCUGCCGGGGAGGUUAUCCAGAGACCGGUCUCUGCCGUCAAGGAGCUCGUCGAGAAUAGCCUCGACGCUGACUCCACUUCCAUAAACGUCGUUGUCAAGGACGGAGGCCUCAAGCUCAUUCAAGUUUCCGACGACGGCCAUGGAAUCAGAUGCCAGGACUUGCCGAUACUGUGUGAGAGACACACUACAUCCAAGUUAUCAGCUUUUGAAGAUUUACAGUCGAUUAAGUCAAUGGGGUUCAGAGGAGAGGCACUGGCGAGCAUGACAUAUGUUGGUCAUGUUAUGGUCACCACCAUUACUAGAGGGGAGUUGCAUGGUCACAGGGUUUCUUAUCGAGAUGGUGUUAUGGAGCAUGAACCAAAGGCAUGUGCUGCUGUAAAAGGUACUCAGAUAAUGGUUGAAAAUUUAUUCUAUAACAUGACUGCACGGAAGAAAACAUUGCAGAACACAGCUGACGAUUAUUCUAAGAUUGUUGACUUGUUAAGCAGGCUUGCUAUUCAUCACAUAAAUGUGAGCUUUUCUUGUAGAAAGCAUGGGGCUGCAGGAGCAGAUGUUCAUACUGUUGCCACAUCUUCAAGGCUUGAUGCAAUCAGAUCAGUUUAUGGAUUGUCAGUUGCGCGUAGUUUGAUGAAGAUAGAAGCUUCAGAUGAUGAUCCAUCUAGUUCUGUUUUCAGUAUGGAUGGUUUCAUCUCCAAUUCAAAUUACACUGCAAAAAAGAUUACAAUGGUGCUUUUCAUAAACAAUAGAUUGGUUGAUUGCAGUGCUCUGAAGCGUGCCAUUGAAGUUGUUUAUGCAGCAACCUUGCCAAAAGCAUCUAAACCCUUCGUGUAUAUGUCAAUUACAUUGCCACCUGAGCAUGUUGAUGUGAACGUUCACCCAACAAAGAGAGAGGUUAGCCUUUUAAAUCAGGAGAUUAUUAUUGAGAAAAUACAGACUGUGGUGGACUUAAAAUUGACAACCUCCAAUGAGGCACGGACAUUUCAAGAACAGAUAGUAGAAUCCUCUCCAUUGGGUUCCAUGGGUACAAGCAAGGAUUCCUCUAUUAAUCCAUCACCGUCUGGGUCAAAACUGCAAAAAGUUCCUGUAAAUAAAAUGGUUAGAGUUGAUUCGUUGGAUCCUGCUGGAAGGUUGCAUGCUUAUUUGCAAGUUAAGCCCCCCUGCAAUCCUGAAAGGAAUUCUGGAUUGAAUGCUGUGAGGUCUUGUGUUCGACAGAGAAGAAACCCAAAGGAAACUGCAGAUCUUACGAGCGUUCAGGAGCUUGUCAAUGAUAUUGACUGUAAUUGUCAUUCUGGUCUGUUGGAGAUAGUAAAGCACUGCUCAUAUAUUGGGAUGGCAGAUGAUGUUAUGGCAUUGCUUCAGCACGAUAAGUUCCUAUAUCUAGCAAAUGUAGUAAACUUGAGCAAAGAGCUCAUGUAUCAGCAAGUUCUGCAUCGAUUUGCCCAUUUUAAUGUGAUGCAACUAAGUGAGCCAGCUCCCUUGCUGCAGUUAAUCUUGCUUGCACUGAAGGAUGAAGAUUCAGAUCCAGUACCCAAUGAGAAUGAUGACCUGAAAGAGAAGAUUGCAGAAAUGAAUACUGAAGUUCUGAAAGAGAAGGCGGAAAUGCUAGAAGAGUAUUUCUGCAUUCAUAUUGAUCAACAUGGCAACUUGUCAAGGCUGCCUGUUGUGCUUGACCAGUACUCCCCUGAUAUGGACCGUAUCCCAGAAUUUGCACUUUGUUUAGGAAACGAUGUUGAUUGGGAGGAUGAAAAAAUUUGUUUCCAGGCAAUUGCAGCUGCUCUUGGAAACUUCUAUGCUAUGCAUCCUCCUCUGUUGCCCAACCCAUCAGGUGAUAAUUUGGAAUUUUACAAGAGAAAACCAUCAGUAAAGUCUCAAGAUGAUGGAAAUUCCCUUAACAAUUUAGAGGAUGGUGUGGUAAAUGAGGAUGAAAUUGAGAAUGAACUACUUUUGGAGGCAGAGACUGCAUGGGCUCAGCGUGAAUGGUCAAUUCAGCAUGUCUUGUUUCCAUCCAUGAGACUCUUUUUCAAGCCACCAACAUCAAUGUCCACAAACGGAACUUUCAUCCGGGUUGCCUCACUGGAGAAGCUUUACAAGAUUUUUGAAAGAUGCUAAUGAAGAAUAGUUCCAAUGAGAUUAUUGCUGAAAGGGCUUGCUGAUUUGAUUGUUGACUGCGUAUAUUUCUUGACAGGCUACCUUAACCUCUUUUUAAUGUGUUUGAAAAUGAAUCGAGGGAGGGGGAAAUCUUUCGUAUUGAAAUGGAUCGCACUGACUAGGUGGCCUUCAUGGGUUUAAGUAGAGGCCAUAUAUUUUAUGGGAAGAGGGAAAAUUCAUGGGAACAGCUGCCCUUACGUCUGGCACUUGUAAGUUUGAACCGUUCUAUCAAGCAGGGAUGGCGCAUGCCUUUCUCAAAUUGAGCUGUUGGCAUUUUUUGUUGGUGGUUUGCGCCAUAUGUAGAUUUUCAAUGUGUUCAAAUUUGCAUCUGAAAGAGGCAUGCCCUCCCCCCUUCCCCGGGUUUGUUGAAUUGAAAGAAGUUGAUCGCUCUCUUUACGUUACAUCCAGAAUGCCAUUUCAAAUUAAUCUAUUUUGUUAAAAGUUUACUUUGAA